AUGUACUACACAAAGCCAACGGCUAAGCUCUUAUGGGAAUUUCUUGACCAUAAGUACAAAAUCGAAAAUGCUAGAGCCAGGAAGUGGAUUGUUGGCCGCUUUCUUGAUUAUAAGAUGGUGGAUUCCAAGACUGUGGUCAUUCAGGUGCAAGAACUGCAAGUGAUCAUUCACGAGAUCCACGCUGAGAAAAUGGUCAUAAGUGAAUCUUUCCAAGUUGCUACUGUGAUUGAAAAGCUGCUCCAUGGUUGGAAAGACUUUAAGAACUACCUUAAGCAUAAGCGAAAGGAGAUGUCAAUGGAGGAUCUGAUUGUUAUACUUCGUAUUGAAGAAGACAACAGGGGAUUUGAAAAAAAGAUCAACGUUGCCACUGAAAAGGCAAACAUGGUGGAGCAUGCUAAAAGCUUCAAGGCCAAGAAGACCAAUUCUGGUAAGGGGAAGCCCAAGAAGACCAACAAGAAGAAAGAAGCAAACAUGGUUGAUGAUAUCUCCAAAGAGAUGGGUGAUAUAGACCUCUGUGCUACGGUCUCUGAGGUGAAUCUGGUUGGAUCUAAUCCGCGAGAGUGGUGGAUUGAUACUGGUGCAACAAGGCAUGUUUGCUCGGACAAGGAGAUUUUCUCUAGCCUUAAAGCUUUUGAUGCUGGUGAGAAGCUCUACAUGGGAAACUCUGCGACUUCUACCAUUGAAAGGGAAGGCACUGUGAUUUUGAAGAUGACCUCUGAGAAGGACAUGACUCUGAAGAAUAGUGGUAUGUUUGUUGGCAAGGGCUAUGUAACCGAUGGGCUUUUUAUGCUCAAUGUGAUGUCUGUUAAAGACGAUAAUGUAAUGAAGAAUUCUUCUGCUUACUUGCUUGAGUCUCCUAAUCUAUGGCAUGCUAGAUUAGGACAUAAAAGCAAAGAUGAAGCUAUAGAUAAAUUUAAAAUCUAUAAGGAAGAAGUUGAGAGACAACAAACUGAGACAAUCAAAACGAUACGUAGCGAUCGUGGAGGUGAAUAUGUUGAACCUUUUGGGGAAUUCUGUUCACAACAUGGUAUAAUCCAUGAGGUCACUGCACCAUACUCCCCUCAGUCAAAUGGAGUGGAUGAGAGGAAGAAUCGCACUCUCAAUGAGAUGAUGAAUGCGAUGUUGCUAAGCUCUAGACUUCCACAAUUGAUGUGGGGGGAAGCCAUCUUAAGCGCGAAUAAUAUUUUAAAUAUUACGAUGCGCAAGAAUAAGGAUGUGAGUCCUUAUGAAAUGUGGGAGAAAAAGAAAUCGAGUUACAAACACUUGAAAGUGUGGGGGUGCAUUGCAAAGAUUCCAGAGAUUCAAAAGAAUACGAUUAUGGAAUCAAGGAAUGCCUCAUUCUUUGAGACUACGUUUCCUUGUAAUCCAAGAAAUGAGCACCCCACGACAUCCAAACGAACUCAUGAAUCUAUAGAUGAUGAAAAUGAGAAUGAUGAAAGUGAAGAUGAAAAUGUGGGGGUUGUGAGGAGGAGCAAAAGACAACGAACGGAGAAAUCCUUUGGGUCUGACUUCAUGACCUAUUUGCUCGAGGAAGGAGAUCCGAAAACCUAUAAGGAAGCGGUUACCUCACCCGAUGGACCUAUGUGGAAAGAGGCCUUAAAAAAUGAAGUUGAUUCUAUCCUAUAG